AACAAUAAUACACAAAUGCGGUUCUAAGUGUUAACACAGGUUAUUCGAAUGUUUAAUCAACCCUUUGAGUGCUAUGGACGCAGAUAUGCAUUUGGAAAGUGAUAGUACGACAAGUGAGGUUAUAAAAACUGAAGAAUUAACUGAUAACACAGCAAAUGAGGAGGCACCAACAAGUUUGGAAAAUAUAUCACAGGAUACUAAUACUACUAGAAACGAUAGUCCCCCAGUUGCAUCAAAGGAUAAAGAAAGAGUUACAGUUGAUAUUUUAUUGAAAGCAACUGGCAAUGCACCUAUCAUGAAACAAAAAAAGUGGUCCGUUAAUCAGGAUUAUCAAAUUGGAAAGGUAUCAGAUUUUCUAAGGAAAUAUCUCAAAUUAGAUCCUUCUGAAAGAUUAUUUCUUUAUGUAAAUCAAACUUUUGCACCGGCACCAGAUCAAACGUUAAAGAAUUUAUAUGAUUGUUAUGGAGCUGAUGGAAAAUUGAUCAUUCAUUAUUGCAAAAGUCCAGCGUGGGGUUAAUCGUAAACUUCCUGUUUGAUAUUUAAACAUUGUGUUGUAUCAUUUUAUUACGGGUAACAAAUUUUGAUCAAUAUAAUUCUUUUAGAGGCUUACAAGACACAUUUCUCAUGUACAUAAAUUGCAUUUAAGGCAAUAAGUAUAUAUUUAUAUAUUUAUUUAUAAUUCUAUUUAAUUUAUUAAGAAUGUGUAUUGUAUUCCUAAUAUAAUUAAUUAUUUUUAUAAGAUGUUAAUUAUCGAAUUGUGGUCAUAUUGUAUUAUUAUAUGUACA